AUGAGGAUUAUUAUUGCAGUGAUGACAUUAUUGUUGCUCUUAUUGUUAGCAGUGAUGCCAUGGGGACUACGAAGUCAGGAACAGCUCGAACUACCAGACGCUGCUAUGACCAAACGGCUGAUUUCCAGCAUCCCGAAAAUUUCGCAACUGAUCAGAGAUGAACUGGAAGGCAAACGUGACGCCAUCCGGCAAGUUGCUUUAGAAAAUUCUUAA